AUGAAUUCAAAAAUGGAGUUCACCGACAGGGCCAAAAAGGCGUUGGAAGACGCCAUGGCGCUGGCCGAGCAAUACGCACAUUCACAGCUGCUGCCGGUUCAUCUGGCAGUAGCCCUUCUUGAUCCUCUGCCAGACCCGAGUAGGGACCAGCAGAAUGCCGCCCCAGGCACCACGAGCACCCUCUUCCGCCAGGUUAUCGAGCGCGCCCACGGCGACCCACAGCAGUUCGACCGUGCCCUCAAGAAGACACUCGUUCGGCUGCCGAGUCAAGAUCCGCCUCCGGACCAAGUCUCGAUGGCGCCCAGCUUCAAUACGGUCCUCCGGAAGGCAAUGGAGCUGCAAAAAGUACAGAAGGACACAUACAUUGCCGUCGACCACCUCAUCACCGCCCUAGCCGAGGAUCACACGAUCCAGACGGCCCUCAAGGAGGCCAACAUCCCGAAGCCGAAGCUCAUCCAGGACGCCAUCUCUGCCAUCCGGGGCACCAAGCGCGUAGACUCGCGGAAUGCCGACGCGGAAGAGGAGAACGAGAACCUCGCAAAGUUCACCGUUGACAUGACCGCCAUGGCCAGGGAAGGCAAGUUGGACCCGGUCAUCGGCCGUGAAGAGGAGAUCCGGCGCGUCAUCCGCAUUCUCUCGCGCCGUACCAAGAACAACCCGGUUCUCAUCGGCGAGCCAGGCGUGGGCAAGACGACCGUCGUCGAGGGUCUCGCCCAGCGCAUCGUCAAUGCGGACGUUCCCGACAACCUGGCCGCUUGCAAGCUGCUUUCCCUCGACGUGGGAGCCCUGGUGGCCGGCAGCAAGUACAGGGGCGAGUUCGAGGAGCGCAUGAAGAGCGUCCUCAAGGAGAUUGAAGAAUCCAAGGACAUGAUCGUCCUCUUCGUCGACGAGAUCCACCUCCUUAUGGGUGCCGGCUCGUCGGGCGAGGGCGGCAUGGACGCCGCCAACCUGCUCAAGCCCAUGCUCGCGAGGGGCCAGCUCCACUGCAUCGGCGCGACCACGUUGGCCGAGUACCGCAAGUACAUCGAGAAGGACGCCGCCUUUGAGCGGCGCUUCCAGCAAGUCAUCGUCAAGGAGCCGUCGAUCCCGGAGACCAUCUCCAUCCUCCGCGGCCUCAAGGAGAAGUACGAGGUCCACCACGGUGUCAACAUCGCCGACGGAGCCAUCGUUGCCGCAGCAAACCUCGCGGCCCGCUACCUGACGUCCCGGAGACUCCCUGAUUCGGCCGUUGACCUGAUCGACGAGGCGGCAGCCGCCGUCCGGGUCGCCCGCGAAUCGCAGCCCGAGAUCAUCGACUCCCUCGAGCGUCGGCUGCGGCAGCUGAAGAUCGAGAUCCACGCCCUGUCCCGCGAGAAGGACGAGGCUUCCAAGGCCCGCCUUGCCCAGGCGAAGCAGGACGCCCAGAACGUCGAGGAGGAGUUACGGCCCCUGCGCGAGAAGUACGAGCGGGAGCGGCAGCGCGGCAAAGACAUCCAGGAAGCCAGGCUGAAGCUGGAGAACCUCCGCGUGAAGGCGGAGGAUGCCAGCAGGAUGGGCGACCACAGCCGCGCCGCCGACCUUCAGUACUACGCCAUUCCCGAGCAAGAGCAGAUCAUCAAGCGGCUGGAGAAGGAAAAGGCCGCCGCCGACGCUGCUCUCAACGAGAGCGGGCCCGACACGGGCGGUGCUAUGGUCACCGACGUCGUCGGGCCCGAUCAGAUCAACGAGAUCGUGGCUCGCUGGACGGGCAUCCCGGUGACGCGGCUGAAGACGUCCGAGAAGGAGAGGCUGCUCCAUAUGGAGCAGGCCCUGAGCAAGAUCGUGGUCGGCCAGAAGGAGGCGGUCCAGUCGGUUUCCAACGCCAUCCGGCUACAGCGGUCCGGGCUCGCGAACCCGAACCAGCCUCCGAGCUUCCUCUUCUGCGGCCCGUCCGGUACCGGCAAGACGCUGCUUACCAAGGCGCUUGCCGAGUUCCUGUUCGACGACCCCAAGGCCAUGAUCCGGUUCGACAUGUCCGAGUACCAGGAGCGGCACUCGCUCAGCCGCAUGAUCGGUGCCCCGCCCGGCUACGUCGGCCACGACGCCGGCGGCCAGCUGACCGAGGCCCUCCGCCGCAAGCCCUUCUCGAUCCUGCUGUUUGACGAAGUCGAGAAGGCGGCGAAGGAGGUCCUGACCGUCCUGCUCCAGCUCAUGGACGACGGCCGCAUCACGGACGGCCAGGGCCGCAUCGUGGACGCCAAGAACUGCAUCGUCGUCAUGACGUCCAACCUCGGCGCCGAGUACCUGUCCCGGCCCAACGGCAAGGACGGCAAGGUCGACCCGACAACCAAGGAGCUGGUCAUGAACGCGCUGCGUAACUACUUCCUCCCGGAGUUCCUCAACCGCAUCUCGUCGAUCGUCAUCUUCAACCGCCUCACGCGCCGCGAGAUCCGCAAGAUUGUCGACCUGCGCAUCGCCGAGAUCCAGAAGCGCCUGCAGGACAACGACCGCAACGUCACCAUCCGCGUCUCGGACGCGGCCAAGGACAAGCUCGGCGCCGCCGGGUACUCUCCCGUCUACGGCGCCCGCCCGCUGCAGCGCCUGCUCGAGAAGGAGGUGCUCAACCGCAUGGCGAUCCUCAUCCUGCGGGGCAGCAUCCGCGAUGGCGAGGUGGCUAACGUCGACCUGGUUGACGGGAAGGUGACUGUCAUUCCGAACCACCCCGACAGCGAGGGUGAGGACGAGGAUAUGAUGGUUGACGAGGACGAGGCGCUGGACGAGGUUGCGCCGGAUUCCAUGGACGAGGACAUUUAUGACUAA